AUGGGAUCAUCAAUAGUCUACACACUUUUCCUCAUUGGGAUUUGCUGCCUGGCUUUGGUCAGGGAUGCCCAGGCAGAGUGCUGCGUCACCGUGGAGGAUGUGACCUUUACAGUCGAUAGGGGCACCUGCUCAUCCGUGGGUGGCUAUGGAGGCUCCACCUGCGAGGUGCGGAUCUGCGCGGACGGAGUGGCCCAGGUGGGCAGCUUCUGCGGACAAGGAUCUUGCAACAUGUUUGGUUGCAACUGCGACGGCGGAUGUCUGACCGGCGAGUGGACCAAGACUUUUGUGGAAAGAUACGAGAACUAUGGAGUUCGAAUUAUUAAGUCCCAUAAGUUUCCUUAA